AUGGCACAACCUGACCUUACAUCGCAUCAUGUCAACUACUUAAUAUGGAGGUACCUUCAGGAGUCAGGUCAUGGCGAAGCUGCUGUAUCACUGCAGCGAGCGUGGUACCCGGAACCACAGACUCUCCCAUUUGCGCGCCAUAUUCAGACUCACGCGCUGGUGUCGUUAGUCCAAAAGGGCCUGCAAUAUCAUGAAUUGGAGUCAUCAAUUGACAAGGAGGGAAACCCCAUCACAUUUACACCCACCGACUUUUUUUUCGGCCCGGAACCCUUUGAGGUGGCCGCUUUGAAAAGCCGGGAUGAGGCUGGCACAGACCACCCCGCGCCAGAAUCCGCGGACGACCGCAUAACUAAUGGCCAUUCGCCCGAGGCUCCCGGGUUGAAACGAAAAGGCGAAACUAAUGGCGACUCGAUGGAGGUGGACGCCGGAACUGAAAGCAAGUCAAGCUCGCCUAUCCCGGAUCCAGUGGAUGGGGAUGGGGACGUGAGCAUGGGGGCCGAUGAGGUGCCUCAGGAACCCACACUCAGCACGGGCACCAGCGUCGGCGUCCAGAUCUCCCCCGCCAAGGCUGCCGAUUUGACACCCGACACCGCCUGCCUAGAUCUAUAUGAUCACGUGUUCAGCACCGUUUGGCGCCCUGGGGACCCGACAAUGCUUGUGGCCAGAGGAGAGUCCUUUUGCAGUUUAUUUAAACUGUCUUCGUCCUCGGAUCCUGUUCAAAAUAAGUUCGUUGACCUCAAGGCGAGCGAAUCCUAUGUAUCCGCCGUUGCCUGGGAUGGUAUCGGUACCAAAUUGGCUGUGGCCUCUAUUCGGGAUAUGAAGGGAGUGAUCACUAUGUACAACGCUGAAGGCAACGUGGUGGAUAUGCUUCCGGAUCUUCCUCGAAUGAUCAGUGGCUUGCACUGGGCAGAACAUGGUCCCCAAUUGGUGAUUGUUGCAUCUAACGAAAAAGACUCCGAACUGGCGCUCUGGGACGGCACUCAACGACCUGACGAAUACGAAACUAUGCUCUUGAAAAACCAAAUUUACGAUUUGGUAUGGGCUGGACACAACCAAAUUUUUGCGUGUGGGCACGGAAUGGUCUAUCAAUGCGGCGUGGAUCGGAAUAUCCAUUUGAUCAAGGAGUACAAGUCCGACAGGGAGACUGCAUGGACCUUCAUCCGCUCCAUCGAAACUACUGACGGCCCUGUUAUAGUUGUGGCAGGGUCCGAUAAUGCACCAGACUCAGAAAGUGCCACGAUCUGGGUCCCAACCCAUGACAUUGUCAUUGAAAAUGCACACCAGGAGGCAAUUACGGCCAUUGACAUCCGGCCCCAGUCACCUGCACAGCGCCGAACUUCUUCGAUCACUGGAAAAUUCCCAAUCACCAUCGCUUCAUAUUCGGUAGAUGGCACUAUCAAUGUGUGGAAUGUAGAUUUGGAACAGAAGGAUUUCCAACGAAUCCACCGAUUCCGCCUGGGCCCUGAUAUACCCGCUCUUGCCGGUGGCUUUUCACCAGACGGAUACGCUCUUGCAGCAGUUAGCAAAGAUCGCCUCUUCAUUUGGAAUGCCGAGCGCGGUGGCGACCCUAUGGCUGUUUGGACCGCCCCGGGUUCGAAAGAAGUAAAGGAGGAGGCUGAUGCCCCCACAAACGGACAGAAUGGUCAUGCCGCGUCAACUGAAUGUGCUCUCUCAUGGGAUCCUGAUGGGAAGAAGCUUGCAUAUGGUUUCGGAAAUAAGGUUGGUCUUUUGGAUUCAGUGCGAUGA